AUGACAACAACGAUGACAACACCCUCGGCAACAAGACCGAGACCACGCAGCCCCUUGGACAUCCCAGAACUCAGGGACAGGAUCAGUCGCUUUGUCACACCCAAGGAUGCCAUCGCCUGCGCACGCGUCUCCAAGGCCUGGGCACAGGACUACCUCCCCCUUAUCUGGUACUCAAUCGACUGCAACAAGUUUUCCCAGAGCAACACCGGCUCUGGAUUCGAUAUCGUCGUUGCGAAACACGCCCGCCAUAUCCGGGUCGCCAAUAAUGUCAACUACACGUCCCAGAUGGCUAUCUUGGUGAAGGGGGGCAUUAUGCAGUUGCGGGAGUUGUCGAUUACGAUGACGAGUUCGGCGUUUCAUUAUGCCACGGCGCUGGACUUUGUGGCCAGGAACAGUGCUACACUAGAAAAGCUGAAACUCAAACCGGUGACGACCUAUGCGGCGAAGUACGAGUCACCGCUUUAUUGUGCUACGGGAUCUCGACGUGUCGGGACUGUGGCUGAUGCGCGAGGGGCUGUCGACGAUUCUUCAAGGAUGCCCGAAUCUAUCGCACCUGAACCUAUCUGGCACGGAUAUCAUCGGUCGGGCGUCAGUCAAUUUCCAACACGAGGGACUCUCCUUCCUUACCUGCGUAUCAUCACCGCCCUCCGCCCGGACCCGACAGAUUCCCAAGUACAACCUUCUCCAGGCCUCCUGAUGCACUUUCCAAAUCUCAAGACCUGGUCAACAUCAGGAUCCGAGUCCGAGCUGCGGUUCGUCCUUCCCUCUGGGCUGUUGAAGGCAGAAGUGAAGCAGCAUUGCCCAUUACUGUCUGAUGUCCUAUUGAGAGACAGCCCUGAGUCGAUGUGGGUGACGCUGUUCACGGACGUGUUCUCGAACCUCAAGGAGAUCUCAUUCGACUACAAGUCCAUGUCUGUCCAGGUCCUGACGACUAUUCUCUUACACCAGGACACUGUCGAGUCGAUCCAGGCGAAUCCAGGAAAGGAGUUUGAUUUCGAGAGAGAUGUGUUUCAUCCUGGCCCUGUGACGGAUCAUUUCCAGACCUCGGGUCGACAAGUCCAACUCCUCCCUCGGAGCUGUACACGGUUGACAGAGCUCAACCUACACCCGCACGUGAUGGAUAUUGAUAUCGUAGGAAACAAAGCGUGGAACUGUAAGGACUUGCGGACACUCAGGACGAGAAUCAAGGGUCUGGAUACCAAGGAGCGCAUCAUGCGUGCGAUCGAUCUCUGGAGGGCUGGGUGGAGGAAACGUGUCCUGGCGAGACGCCGACAGUCCAACGAUGGCAUGGAGGAUCCGAUUCGUUUUAUAACUCGGACGUUAGCGGAGAUAAAGGCGAUGCAGGCGGGGACGUUCCUGCCUAGUGCUGGUGGUGUCGUGCUGUUGGACAUUGACCAUUCGAUCGAAGCACGCGUCGCCCGCCAUCUGUUGCAGUUUGAGAAGCUGGAGAACGUUUGGCUCGGCUACAAGACCUGGCAUCCUUACUAG